AAUUUUCUAAUUCUAUUAAGAUGGAGUAGCAACAAGAUAAAGUUCCGCCUUAGCCAUAAAAGAUUUAGUGUGAACAACAUAAAAAAAAAGAGGCAAAAUUUGUUGUAAUGGUUCCUAAUAAAGAUCCAAUUUUCGCAUCAAAAAAAUAUUUAGAUGAAAUCAAAGAUAAGAUUAGUUAUUUUAAAAUCGAUGAUGUAACUUUAUUAUUAAUAAUAUUAGACUUUCCAUGAUUGGAAGAAUGCAUAUGAAUUUUUUAAGAGUGAUUAUUACUCUAAUCUUAAUUAUUAUUGUAAAUAUAUAAAGGAAUAAGGUUUCAAUAUUAAGCCAGAGGAUAUUGAUGAAGUAAUUAUAUAUUAUUAAGUAAACAAAGAUGAUGGACAAAUUUAAAGAAAUGAUUAUCUAUAAAUGUGAUUAAACAAAAGAAGAGUUGAAAAAGAAAUUGGAAAUACACUAAAAGCAUUAUAAAGAAAAAGUAAUGACCUAUGUUGAACCUGAAUAAAGAAUAAAAACAGAGCAUGAUAAUUUUAGAGAGUGUCUAUAAAAAUACUAAAGCAAUGAUGAGUAAUCUAAAAAAAAUCUAAAAUAAUCACUUACAGCAUUUGUCAAGAAAAUAAUUGUGACUUAAAAAAACGAUGAUUUCAAAGAAGAUAAAAUUGUACAAAAAGUAGAUAUUUUGAGGAAAAGUCAACCCUUUUAGUAAAUAUUAUUCAUAACUUAAGUAUUAAUUUAAAUAUUUGGAACUCUUAUUAAUAGAUGAUUGAAAGAUCCUUGACUGAGUUAUAAGAGUCUUAUAUUACAGUUAAUUCCUUUAAUCAAACUCAAAUUGCAAAUAAGAGUUUCAUUUUUCAGGUUUUCCAAUCAAUAAAACAUGAUAAAGAGUUUAUUGCUGAACCUCAAAAAAUGUAGCACCUAUUAACUGAUAAAUUAAAACCCCUAAUUUAAGGUUCAAGUUUUUACUUAUUAGAAAAUUUGUAUAAAUUUAAGGAUGAUAUAAAAAAUAAUGUUAUUAUUGCUUUAAUAAAAACCUCUACAGAUUAAGUAAAAUCAAUCAUUAUUUUUAAUAGAGCAUUGGGUUUUAUUACAAUGCCAAAAGAAAAGGCGAGUCGCUAUUAUUUAAUCUAAACAAAAACAUAAUUUUACCUGUUAAAUAAGGAUUUGAGUUAAAAAUGGCAGAGCAUGAGAUAUAAUCACCAACCCUGACUUUUGGACAAGAUUUACAAAUACCUAAGGAUUUUAAACAAUGCUCGUCUAUUUUAGGGGAAGCAUUUGACCUAAAAGGAUAAGAAUAUAAGAUUGCCAAUCCAAAUUCCUAUUUAGCUAAUGGAUAAUAUUUUGAUAUUGAAUACUUUGAACUCUACAAAAUUGACGACUAAGACCUAUUGAAAAUAAAUAAUCCACAUAUUCCAACAAAUAUUCCACCAAAAAUUAAUACACAAAAUUUUGGUUAACCUGAUAUUCGACAAACCUCUUAAGGUUUGCCAUAAUUAUUCCCUUAGUAGUAAUAAAAUUGAAUUAUUUAAAUAUUAGAAAUAAUAUACAUAUCUAAUU